GGUUUUCAGAGGGAGUGUAUCUCUGUACACAUUGGUCAAGCGGGAGUCCAGAUGGGAAACUCCUGCUGGGAGCUGUACUGUCUGGAACAUGGCUUCCAACCAGAUGGAACCAUCGUUAAUGAUGGCAGCUCAUUGAUUGACUCCUCUUUUGGCACUUUCUUUAGUGAAACUGGUGCAGGGAAGUACGUCCCUCGAGCCAUAUUCAUUGACCUGGAGCCAACUGUUGUUGAUGAAAUCCGUAAUGGAGCGUAUCGACAACUUUACCACCCUGAGCAGCUUAUCAGUGGCAAGGAGGAUGCGGCCAAUAAUUAUGCACGAGGUCACUAUACUAUUGGCAAAGAGAUCAUAGACUCCGUUCUGGACCGUAUGCGCAAAAUGGCAGAUCAGUGCACUGGUUUGCAGGGCUUCCUGAUCUUCCACAGUUUUGGUGGAGGAACAGGCUCUGGUUUUACGUCUCUCCUAAUGGAGCGACUGUCUGUCGACUAUGGUAAGAAGUCAAAGUUGGAGUUCUCGGUGUAUCCUGCCCCACAGGUGAGCACCGCUGUGGUGGAGCCCUACAACUCAAUUCUAACGACUCACACAACACUUGAACACUCCGACUGUUCUUUCAUGGUGGAUAACGAAGCCAUAUUUGACAUCUGUAAGAGAAAUCUUGAUAUUGAGCGCCCGUCCUACACCAACCUGAACCGACUCAUUGCCCAGAUUGUGUCCUCUAUCACCGCAUCUCUGCGGUUUGAUGGAGCUCUGAACGUGGACCUCACGGAGUUCCAGACCAACCUGGUCCCAUACCCUCGUAUCCACUUCCCACUGGUCACCUACUCCCCCAUCAUCUCUGCAGAGAAGGCGUACCAUGAGCAACUAUCCGUACCAGAGAUCACCAAUGCCUGUUUUGAGCCGGCGAACCAGAUGGUGAAGUGUGACCCUCGCCGAGGCAAAUACAUGGCCUGCUGUCUGUUGUACCGCGGUGACGUGGUGCCGAAAGAUGUUAACACUGCCAUUGCCAACAUCAAGACUCGACGCUCCAUCCAGUUCGUAGACUGGUGUCCCACAGGGUUUAAGGUUGGCAUCAACUAUCAGCCGCCAACUGUUGUACCAGGAGGUGAUCUGGCCAAAGUGCAGAGAGCUGUCUGUAUGCUGAGCAACACCACAGCAAUCGCAGAAGCCUGGAGCCGCCUGGACCACAAGUUUGACCUAAUGUAUGCCAAAAGGGCUUUUGUACAUUGGUAUGUGGGUGAAGGGAUGGAGGAGGGAGAAUUCUCAGAGGCACGAGAGGACAUGGCUGCCCUGGAGAAGGACUAUGAGGAGGUUGGUGCUGAUUCUGCUCAAGAUGGUGAGGAGGAUGAGGAAGAGUAUUGA